GCCAGUGUCCGCUUUAUAAGUCGCCUCCUCUCUCGCCAGGUUAGUGAUGAGAUCAAAUAGAUAUUAUAAUAAUAAACACAUCAAACGGGUCGUUUCCUAUUUUACCUGUGCGACUACAUCAAUUAAUAGCCUACGGAUCAAGCUGGGUUUUUUUUUUUAUUCUGUAGCAUUUUAUUGGUCUUGUUUUGGGAUCGCAAACAGACUAGAUUAGUUUAGCUCUAACGCCCAAAUAAUUGUACAUGUUUGUAAACACGUGCGCCCGAUGGGAAAUGUGCUUUCCUCCGAUGGAAGCAGUAGGCUACAUGUUAGUCAAUCACUAGAGUCGCGUUAUUUUAGUAUUUAGCACCCAUUUUAUUGAUUAGGUUGAAUACUAGAGAGCGCAUCAAUUAACCUCAGUAAUCGUAAUUCCUGGACUCCGGUGCAUCGGAAGUGAAUUUGGUGGCUCUGACAAGGCUGGCAUCGUCUCGUCGUGAUUAUAAAGCGAGAAGCUAAUCGACUUGGUGUGUCCGUGCAGCGGCUGAGGAAUGAGCGCUGACCCGCCCGGCUCCGACGUGUGGGAGGGAGUUCCCCUGCUUUUCUGUCAUUGGUUAAUAUUUUAUUCUGUUGACAUGUUUUCUUGCUGCUAAUGCUUCCGACACCUUCUUGUCCACCCCCUCUCCUUGGGCCUGGCCGGAGCUGUCAAAACCACGCCUAUGGAGGCUCACAAUUGGUCCGAAAAGCGUAAAAUCAGCAAUCAAGGGGGCUUGGUUCAUUAGUACUGGGAGCUGAGCAGGAAGGACGUGUGAGAUAGUUACAGUUGUGCAGUGGACAGGGAAGGAGCUAAGCCGCUUCACCUCCGCUUCUCUCCUAGAAUAUGAUCGUGCAGAUGGCCAUCUGCGUCGAGAGAGUGAGCUUAUUUUUAUGAGAACGGCGCGCGCAGAAAACAAAUAUCUUCUUUCAAAGUGUCGUUGCGCUCACUUUGACCGGUAAUAACACGAGACUUGGUGAAAUCAGCAGCUAGAGGGAAACUGAAGUGCUUGUUCCCUGUAGCUUCUCUGCCACCGCUCGUUUUUGAGCGACAAUACAGAAACUUUGCACUGUAGUCGAAGAUUACCUCAACGCCUUUCUCUCUUUAGACUGUUACGACGGCAUUUUCCUGCUGGAUAAGCGCCGAUUUGAAAGGAAAAACAUCACUUAAAUAUCACAUUUUUCAGCGAUUUUGGAUGCACCGAUGAGAGAUCCAGUUUUUUCAGGCAGUGCCAUGGCUUACCACCCUUUCCACGCUCACCGGCCCACCGACUUCCCCAUGUCAGCGUUCCUGGCGGCCGCUCAGCCCUCCUUCUUCCCGGCUCUAGCGCUGCCGCCCGCCGCUCUCACUAAGCCGCUGACGGAGCACAGUCUGGCCGGAGCCGCCGAGGCUGCGCUCCAUCCGGCGCUCAGUCACCACCAUCAGGCCGCUCAUCUGCGCAGCCUCAAAAGUCUCGAGCCGGAGGAAGAGGUAGAAGAUGAUCCAAAAGUCACACUGGAAGCCAAGGAUCUAUGGGACCAAUUCCACAAAUUAGGAACAGAGAUGGUUAUUACUAAAUCUGGCAGGAGAAUGUUUCCUCCCUUUAAAGUCCGAAUAAACGGACUUGACAAAAAAGCCAAAUAUAUUCUGUUGAUGGAUAUUGUGGCCGCUGAUGACUGCCGCUAUAAGUUCCAUAACUCGCGCUGGAUGGUGGCGGGGAAGGCCGACCCGGAGAUGCCCAAGCGCAUGUACAUCCACCCGGAUAGUCCAGCCACAGGAGAGCAGUGGAUGGCAAAACCUGUCGCUUUCCAUAAGCUCAAACUGACAAACAACAUUUCAGACAAGCAUGGAUUUACUAUACUGAAUUCAAUGCAUAAAUACCAGCCUAGGUUCCAUAUUGUGAGGGCCAACGAUAUUCUGAAGCUUCCCUACAGCACUUUCAGGACAUAUGUGUUUCCCGAGACGGAAUUCAUUGCUGUCACUGCCUAUCAAAACGACAAGAUUACACAGUUAAAGAUUGAUAAUAAUCCCUUUGCAAAAGGCUUCAGAGACACGGGAAAUGGAAGGAGGGAGAAAAGGAAGCAGUUAACUCUGCCCUCGUUACACAUGUAUGAGGUUGGACAGUGUAAAGUGGAUCGGGAAGGGGCAGACUCAGACGCGUCCUCAGGCGAACAUGCCGCAGCCAAGGACUCAGUUCAUUCCCCUCUCGGACCUGCAUCCAGUCCUCUCACGUUCACCAGAGCCAAUAGAGAGGAUAAAGCUUGCACCGACAGUGAGCAUGAAGCUGAGCAUCAAGAAGAUCUCUGUGGAGAAUCGAGCAGUCCUAAACCACCAUCUCCAUUCAGCCCCAGAAGUGAGGAGCGGUCGAGAGAGAGAGCAAACACGGAGAAGAAGGAGGACUAUUCGGAUUCAAGAAAGCAAAACGAGUCCGUAUUUAGCCUAGGCAACCUCGAUAAAGACAAACUGGAGAACAAGCACAGAAAAGACACUACAGAGUCGUCUAAGAAGGACGUGGACAAUGGGGGUCUUAGCGGAAGUAAAGAGAGUUUCUCGCCCCUUAUGGUCCAGACCGAGAGUCCAUCACAUUUCGGAGCAGGACAUCUGCAGAGUCUAGCUCUCUCUGGCCUGCACAGUCAACAGUUCUUUAACCCUCUGAACACCGGACAGCCUCUGCUCUUUCACCCAGGACAGUUCGCGAUGGGCCCUGGAGCAUUUUCUGCUAUGGGUAUGGGACAUCUAUUGGCUUCAGUAUCAGGAACAAGCGGUUUGGACAAUGGCAGCCUUUCGGCACAGGGAGCCGGAAGUAGCCCUAAUCCAUUUCCCUUUCACCUGUCUCAGCACAUGCUAGCCUCUCAGGGUAUCCCCAUGCCUCCAUUCGGUGGUCUGUUCCCCUACCCGUACACGUACAUGGCUGCAGCAGCUGCCGCGGCUUCUGCGCUCCCCACCAGCAGCUCUUCCUCUUCUCUCUCCCGGAACCCGUUCCUGAACAGCUCACGGCCGCGGCUACGCUUCAGCCCCUAUCAGCUUCCAGUGGCUAUUCCUCAAAGCACAAACCUGCUCACCACCGGAUUGCCAGGCGGCCUGAAUCCUUCAUCAGAGUCCUCGAAAUCAGGCAGCAGGGAGGCCAGUCCUGUGCCCGAUCAACACAACCAUAAAGCCGCGUCCUCUCAGAGAAACGGCUCCCCAAAAGCCACACUGAAGGAGUCCAUCAAUGAACUGCAGAACAUCCAGAGGCUAGUGAGCGGCCUGGAAAGCCAAAGGGAGGCAUCAUCACCCAGAAACUCUCCCAAAUGAGCCAGGAUCAACAAACCUAUCCAGGGCAUGACUUGAACUGGCAGAGGAUGUUAUCAUCAAGUGUCUAUCCGAAGGAUGUUCGUAUACUUUUUUUUUUUUUAACCCAUGGAUGAUCGCAGUGGCAAUAGCAAACAAGAAGGAGAAAAUAAUUAGCAAAAUAAUUCGUUGAAUAAGAAUUGGUGCUCUCGUGUUGGAAACUUGAACAGAUCUUUAAAAAUGCUGCGAAGACAAUCUACUAUCACUUAUAACCUAACGGACUUCAUGGAAAACGUGAUGAAAAAAGUUACACCAAUCCAGGAAUGAAAAUAAAUUGGAAAGGCCAGUUUUGCAGAAUGUUGUUAGAAAAUGUCACUGCAGAACGAUGGAUAUGGAUCAAACGACACUUACAAACUGUAAACUCAAACUGUAAAUCAAUCAAGCUACAUCCAAAUAAUAAGUGUAUUUUAAAAAGGGAUUGCAAUGAGUCAGUGGACUGUUUGUGAUAAUCUGGCGGACAGUUGUGCGUGACCUAUUUAAUGUAAUUAAAAACAAAUUCUGUAAAUAACUAUAAGGAUCCAAGAAUAUGCAAAUCGGUAUUAAUUUAUUUACAGCUGUACAUUUGCGUGUAUAUACUAUUUAGAGUUUAACUCUGUGUUUUUUUUUCUUCUUCAUUUUACAUGAACUGUAAUACUGUAAAUGAAAGCUCCUUCAUAGCGCUUGUUGGAUUGAAGCAGAUCAUUUCUAUCUGUGAUGCAACGCUGUUUAAUCUGCCUGUGACACGUUAACAGAAGCGUGUGUCUUUGAAUACAGUAGUUAGUUGAAGAACACUUGGGACUACCGUCUAAAACCGCACACUGCUAUACUAAAUAGUAUUCCAAGAUGGCAUACUAUUUAAUAUGCUGGUUUUUGAGAGGGCCUCAGGAGAUUCACUCCAAUACACGAGACUUAAAUUCGUUUUCAUGGACUGGAUUAGAGCCCACAUAUGCUUUAGGAAAAUGAACUUGUCGCGUUUGCUGGUUGUUCGGAUUUUUUGUUGUUGGGAUUCUCUCACAGUUUCAAUAAAAAAAACGCGUUGAAUUAA